UAUCGGAUUGUUCCGGAGAUCUGAUCAGGGAUGAAACGUCAAGUGACGAUCCUCCUUUCAUGGACAGCCGAGUCCUAGGCUUGGUAUGACGGUGCGGGGAAGAACGGCAGAUCUGUUACUCCGUAUCGUCAGCCCUACUCUGACGUUAGGACUGACAAGGGUAGAUGACGUAGGCUAGGAGACACACCCUCGCUCCCCGAAUUGAUUAGGAGAGGAUGCCCGUUUUGUAGGCGGAAUCGUCCCCGUCGAAGCAGGUAUGUAGCGUGGUCCGUACCAGAAGCACAACAGCGUCUGUGGCGUUAGGCUCGGAGCUUGUCUCACAGCCACACGUCGGUGCGCCGGGUAGAUCGCGCUAGUCCAAUUCGGUCGAAGAACCGAUGGCUUGGCUCUCAGCCACACCAGUGACGAUCGCCGGACAGCGUCAGCCACAUAAAGAGCGCCGGGGAGGGAAACACUCUUUUGAAACAAUCGUUUUCGCCACGGAUCGAUGCUGUUCUUGCUAUCACUGUAGUUUGUGAAGAGUAAUAUUGAUUCUCUAUGCGCUAAUUCCGUGUCGUCCGUCAGCGGUUCAGCGAUCGAGUUUCCCCGCGGUGCAGAACGCUCCUAAUUACCCCUGGUCUAUUUACGUCAAUCGCGAACCGUUAAACCACACUCUCCCGGUGGUUGCAGAUAUAUAGAGUACGCUUGGAGUUCCUGCGAUGAGUUUGAAGGGAAUACAGAAGAGCUUUGCACGAGCUCCUCAGACCUUCAAGGCCAGGUUCAACCUCGGCGAGAAUACAAAGGACCCUGUAUAUAUAGACGCCGAGCGGAGGUUUCAAGAACUCGAGAAGGAGACAAAGAAACUGCACGAUGAGUCGAAAAAGUAUUUCGACGCAAUUACUGGCAUGUUAAACCACCAGAUCGAGUUCUCCAAAGCUAUUGCCGAACUGUAUAAGCCUAUUUCCGGGCGAGCUUCCGAUCCGACUACGCUAGUACCCGAGGGGAACCCGGAGGGCAUCCAAGCUUGUGAGGAAUACGAGUCCAUCGUGAGGGAGCUAUUGACAACGUUGCAACCCGAGCUCGAGUUGAUCGAAUCUCGAAUCAUCAGUCCCGCCGACCAGCUGCUGGAGAUCAUCAAGGUCAUUCGGAAGGUUGCCGUGAAGCGACAGCAUAAACAGCUGGAUUAUGACCGUCAUCGCGCCUCAUUAAAAAAGCUCCAGGACAAGAAGGAUAAAUCGUUAAAAGAUGAAAAGGCGCUCUAUAGGGCAGAGAAUGAUGUCGAGCAGGCGACGCAAGAAUUCAAUUAUUACAACGACCUCUUGAAAGACGAGCUACCGAAGCUAUUUGCGUUGGAGGCGGAGUUUAUCAAGCCCCUUUUCCAGUCAUUUUAUUAUAUGCAGCUCAAUGUCUUUUACACACUUCAUGAGAAGAUGCAAGGGUUGAACAUUGGUUACUUCGACCUCACGUCGGAUGUGGAGGAGGCAUACGAGAGGAAACGGGGGGACGUCAAAGAGCGUACUGAGCAGUUAUCAAUAGUCCAUUUCAAAACCACAGGCGGCCGACGGCCGGGCUCAAAAUUCACACCCGGCGGCGGAAAGGAUAAGCUAGCUGCGGAGUCAAAAACAUACCCUUCCCGACGAACCGCGAGCGGAUCAGAAAAUCCUCCUCCUCCAUACUCUGCGCAUACUACAUCCCCCCUAAUCGGAAGCUCCGCAUCGGGUACCUUUGGGAACGGCACCCUUGCUGCUGCCGCGAAAGCGAAGCCUGCUCCACCACCACCAAGGCCCAAGCCAGCUAAAUUCGCGGCCGCGCAAGUCGAGACUGUGACGGCGCUGUAUGACUAUGAAGCACAGGCAGUGGGAGACUUGAGUUUCAUCACAGGAGAUGUCAUUGAAAUUGUGUCCAGGACGAAUAACGAGAAUGAGUGGUGGACGGGAAGAAUAAACGGAAAGGUUGGACAAUUUCCUGGUAUGUCUUAA